AUGAUUUGGAGGACGAUCCCGGCCGCCACGGCGUUAAAUACAACAACAACAACAACAACAACGACCUGCAUUUACAAUGCGUAUCUCCACAAGCUUGCCGCUUUCCCAGGACCGCUGUUGGGAAGAUGCAGUCUGAUUUGGCGAAUCUAUCAUUCUCAGACUGGCCGCUUUCACUACGCCAUCCAAGAGCAGCAUCGCAAAUAUGGGCCUGUUGUUCGAGUUUCUCCCAACGAGCUCUCCUUCGCCACGGUCGAAUCAUGGAAAGCAAUCUACGGCAACCGUGUCGCUGGCGCACCACCAGUGAUUAAAAGCGAGUUUUACGAUAUCUACGGCGCUGGUUUCAAAUCUCUAUGCAUUGGGAGUGAACGUGAUCCUCAUAAGCACGGUAAAAUGCGCAAAAUGCUCUCGGCUGCCUUCUCUACGAAGAUGUUGCUGGAUCAAGAAGACAUCAUUACCAAAACAGUCGACGCUUUCGUCCAUCGCCUAGGAGAAGAUGUAUUCAAAUCGGAGGGCCUUAAUAUGACCAAGUGGUUUGAGAUGAUAGCAUUUGACUCGUUGGGUAAGCCACAUAGCUGGUCAGAGAUCAUAGUCAGCCAUCUGUACUUCAUCACCCUAGUCGACAAUCUUCGCCGCCUCCCUUUUGUGGCUAGGUUAACCCGUGUUCUGUUCCCAUCUACUUUGGCUGUCCAAAACCAGAACUCCCAGUAUAGCCGUAAAAAGGUUGAAGAACGUCUAUCUAAAAAGUCAAACCGCAACGACUUCUUGUCUACCGUCGUCAAGAGCUAUGAAGUAGGGGCUGUUGAUGAAGAGGAAAUGACAGCACAUGUGUCAACGUUGACAAUCGCCGGAGGCGAAACUACUGCCACAUUUCUAGCCGCGGCGACGUAUUACUUGCUACGGAACCCAGUGUGUCUGUUGAAGCUCCAAGCCGAAAUCAAAAGCAGAUUCUCUUCAUUCGAGGAGAUCAAUGCCACUGCAGCUCGGCAACUCCCCUAUUUGCAAGCAGUCAUCAACGAGGGCCUAAGGCUGUACGCACCGGGCUCUCAGGGGUUCCCAAGAUUGUCGCCAGGCAUGAAAGUUGGCGAUAUAUAUGUUCCUGCUGGUGCUGAAAUCUUCACGCAUGCGUGGACCCUGACGCAUAGCGAGCAGUACUUCUCUGACCCGAAAAGCUUCAGGCCCGAGCGCUGGCUGGAUGCGGAUUCCACCGACGUCCGAGAGGCUAGUCAGCCAUUUUCAAUGGGCCCCCGAGGUUGCUUGGGACAAAACUUCGCAUACAUGGAGAUCAACCUCAUCUUAGCCAAGAUGCUAUGGAAGUACAACUUAGAGCUGGUCAAUAAAGAAGUUGACUGGGAACAAGAAAGUCAGCUGCAUGUGAUGUGGUGGAAACCCGCACUUAUGGUCCGGUUUACUGAGAGGAAAGCUUGA